AUUGAGACACCAUUAAUUGUUUGGUUUUGACAACAUAUAUUUCGUAUUUAAGUUUAUGACUUGUGCUGUGGGCUAAAUUUACAUUUGUGAAACAACUUCGUAUAUACAUUAAUAUCAGCAACACAAACCAGCCAUAUCUCUACGGAAGUGCAGUUAAAUUGUUAGUUAUAAGGUUUAAAAUUAAAUCUGAAUUCCGUUUUAUUUUCUGCUUCCGUUGAACAGUUUGGAUUUGAAGUAGAAUUACCCAUUUCAAAAUAAAAGCACGAAGGCAAAAUAUGGCCAUAUAUGACGUAAAAUGACUAGGAAUGUGGGUAUUUGUAGGUUUACGUAGGAUUCAUUACCCACAAAAGCGUGUCCGGAAGUACUCUUUCAUGCUUCUGUUAGAACAGCUGAUAAAAUUAAACCACUAUCAGGAAAUAAAUUAUUAGUUCUGUAAUGCUGGGUAUCUUGAAGGAGGAAAAGUGGACUGGUGAAGUUGCUUUAUUUUUAAUUACGAUUUAUCUAAUUGUUCGAAAUUCUGAAGGGCAUAGUUAUCAACCGGAAGAUCCUACAGAUUAUUUACUCUGUCGAGGUUGUGGUGCUGACAUUGCAGAUUCCAGUUACAUCCAUAACCGUUUUAGUUCAGAGGCACUGAUCUACGGAAAUCAGUCGCUCUUUGGGAAACAGAGUGUUGCAGUUCAACUUUUAGAAAAUCCAUUGGGCAUAAGAUUUCGAGUGCUUGUUGUAAACAAAGCAAAGUGCAUUGGCGUGGACGAAUGGCAUAGUGAAUUUUCUUGGUAUCCUGGUUAUGCAUGGAAACACUGUUUAUGUUCACAUUGUGGCCACCAUUUAGGAUGGAUUUUUGAACCUCUGGCAUCAGCAGUUGUAGAUCGUAAGACAGCUUCAGACCAAGGAUUUUAUGGAUUGAUUUUAGAUAAUUUGCUCACUGAGAGCUUUUCAGAUUCUUUGAUAAUUGUGCCAAAAUCAUAUAAAAGUUGAACAAAAAAGAUAUAGGACCACCGCAAGAGCAAUAAUUGAGAGUUAACUGCUUCUUCUGUGAGCAAAAGUAUCUGGUGCCUUUGUUAUUUAUAUUUUUUGACACAACAAACUUCUUUAGAAAGUCUGCAAAUAU